AUGGACGAAACUCUUCUUAAUGAAAUACGCAAGAUGCAGCCAGAACUGGCUCUCAUUCGUCAAGACAUUCAUGCUCAUCCAGAAACAGCUAUGAACGAGACACGAACCGCCACUCUGGUUGCUAAUAAACUCAGAGAAUGGGGUGUGACUGUCACUGAAGGAGUGGGUGAUCUGGGUGUAGUAGGUAUGUUAACGAGUAAUACUCCUGGUAGUCGUUCUAUUGGCUUGCGAGCUGAUAUGGAUGCUUUGGAACUGAUUGAGAAAAAUGAUUUGCCCUAUGUUUCAACGAAUUCUGGUGUCAUGCAUGCGUGUGGUCACGAUGGCCACACAACGAUGUUACUUGGUGCUGCUAAAUAUCUAGCAGAAAAUCGAGAUUCAUUCUGUGGAGUUGUGUAUUUUGUUUUUCAACCAGCAGAAGAAAAACUCGAUGGUGCAAUUCGUAUGAUUGCAGAUAAACUAUUCGAUCGAUUUCCGAUGGAUGCCAUCUACGGACAACAUAAUUGGCCCCACAUAGGAAUUGGUCAAUUUGCGAUUCGACCAGGUCCAAUGAUGGCAGCAGCAGAUACUUGGACUGUUAUGUUUCGAGGUACUGGUGGUCAUGGUGCUGCACCCCAUUUAGCUACUGAUAUCACAGUAGUACUGGCACAAUUCCUUUUAUCAUUGCAAACAAUUGUUAGCCGUAACAUUUCACCGAUAGACACAGCCGUAAUUAGUGUCGGUGCAAUUCACAGCGGAUCUUUUGGUUCAUUAAAUGUUUUACCAUCGGAAAUUUGUAUCGGUGGCACUGCUCGUAGUUUUACCAAUGAAGUACGAAAUACAAUAGAACGACGUAUGACAGAAUUGGCUCAUGGCACGGCAAAUAACUUUGGCUGUACAGCUGAAGUACAAUACAAUCGAGAAGGAAUUCCAUUAGUCAAUCAUGUUCAAUGUACAGAAAAGGCAAUUAGAGCAGCUGAAAGUCUCGUCGGUACACAAAAUGUGAAUGGAAACCUAGCACCGACAAUGGGUGCCGAAGAUUUCGCUAGUAUGCUAGAGCAAAGACCAGGUGCUUAUAUUAUCGUAGGAAAUGGAAAUGAAUUUGGUAAACUUCAUUCACCAACAUACAACUUCAAUGAUGAUGCUAUUCCUUUUGGUACCAGCUAUUUUAUCAAACUGGUACAACUAGAACUGCAAGAAUAA